AUGGACUCCGCGUACUCUGACAUCGACAGCAACAGCUGCGACUUCUCCUUUACGCACACCGACGACGAAGACUCCCGCACCAGCCUGCGCUCCGCCUCCCCCGCCGCCUCCUCCUGCUCCGGAGAACAAGUGGACCCCCGCCGCCAGGAGGCCGGGCAGCCGCAGCAGCAGCAGCAGAAGAAGAGGCGCAGGGGCCGCGGGAGGAGCGAGGCCACCGUGCAGGUGGUGAAGAAGAACCGGCGCAUGAAGGCCAACGACCGGGAGAGGAACCGCAUGCACAACCUGAACGACGCCCUGGACCUGCGGGGGGUCCUGCCGGCCUUCCCGGACGAGACCAAACUCACCAAAAUCGAGACUCUGCGUUUCGCGCACAACUACAUCUGGGCUCUCUCCGAGACCAUCCGCAUCGCAGACCUGCAGGCGAGCAAGACGGGACGACUGAACGGCGCCGGGGGAGCGACCGCCCUGGUGCUGCCCAGCCUCGGGCGCAUCGGCGACGCGCCGAGCCCCGGCAGCGACGCGUGCUCCUGGAGCUCCAGCGCCUCCUCCUCGUCCUCCUCCCCGGCUUAUUGCACGUCCAACCCGGGCAGCCCGGCAGCCGCCGAGGACUACGGCUUCAUGCAGAACGACGCGCUCUACGCCUACCACAGCUUCGUGCCGGGCAUAUUCUAG